UUUGCAGUUGAUCACCAUGGGCUUCCUCUUCUACGUCAACGGGCAGCGCGACGAGGUCGCCAACGUCGCGCCGGAAGAGACGCUGCUCAACUACCUCCGCAACAAGAAGCGGCUCACGGGCACAAAGCUCGGCUGCGGCGAAGGCGGUUGCGGCGCGUGCAGCGUCAUUGUCUCGCGCAUGAACCCCGAGACCAAGGCGGUGACGCACGCAGCCGUGAACGCGUGCUUGACGCCGCUCUGUGCAGUCGAAGGCUGCGCGGUCACGACGGUCGAAGGGCUGCGCGAACCGUCGACGCAGCAGCUGCACCCAGUGCAAACCGCGAUCGCCGAGAACCACGGCUCGCAAUGCGGCUUUUGCACGCCCGGCAUCGUCAUGGCGCUGACGGCGAUCGUUCAAGACGACCAUGCGACGAUGGAGACGAUCGAGCACAAGAUGGACGGCAACCUCUGCCGCUGCACGGGGUACCGCCCGCUUCUCGACGCGGCCAAGUCGUUUGGUAGCGACGCAGCGGCGCACGUACAAUGCGGCUCGGCGGCAUGCGACCAGCAUUGCAUGACGGGCGACAUCGAAGACAUCCUCUCUGUUGUCUCGUGCAGCGCCAAGAAGAUCCAAGCCGAGCACAAGAAGCACAAGCACGCGAUUCCGAAGGUCGCCUUUCCGCAGGAGCUCGUGACCCACACGGCGACGCUCGCAGCGCAGAGCACGACAAUUGUCGGGAGCCAUGUGCGCUGGCUGCGUCCGUCGUCGCUGACAGAGCUGCUGCAGUGGAAAGAAGAGUUUCCGCACGCCAAGAUCUCGGUCGGCAACACGGAGCUCGGCAUUGAAGUCAAGUUCAAGCGCAUGGAGUACCCUGUCAUGCUCUCGGUCAGCCACGUGCCCGAGCUCCACGUGCUCGAGCUUAUCACGGCGCCAUUUGCUGGCGUUCGCCUCGGCGCGGCCGCGUCGCUCACCCGCAUCGUCGACUUUUGCAAGACCACGAGUGUGCUCCCGACGCAGCAGCGCGCGCUUGUCGCGAUGCGGUCGAUGCUCAAGUGGUUUGCGUCGCUCCAAAUCCGCAACGUCGCGUGCUUGGGCGGCAACCUCGCGACCGCGAGCCCGAUCGGCGACAUGAACCCGCUCCUCUCGAGCCUCGGCGCCGUCCUCGAAGUCGCGUCGGCGACAGGACGCCGUAUGGUGCCGGUCGCGGACCUCGUCGUCGCCUACCGCAAGGUCGGCCUGCGAGGCGACGAAGUGCUGCUGAGCGUGCUCGUGCCGUUCACGCGCGAGCAUGAAUACGUCUUCCCGUUCAAGCAAGCCAAGCGCCGCGAAGACGACAUUAGUAUCGUCACUGCCGGGCUUCGCUUCCAGCUCGGAUCCCACGCACAUGGUUGGCGCAUCGACGACUGCAGCCUCUUUUACGGUGGCAUGGGCCCGACGCCCAAGCGUGCGCUCGAGACCGAGGCGCGUCUACGCGGCUCGGCCUUUACCAAAGACAGCGUCGAGGCCGCGUGCAAUGUGCUACGCCGUGAGCUGCAGCUGCCAGUGACCGUGCCCGGCGGCCUCGCCGCGUACCGCACGACACUGAGCGUCUCGUUCCUCUACAAGGCGUUUCUGCAAGUGGCCAAAGCCCUCGCGAAUGACACGUCAUCACCGACGUCGCCAUGGAUGACGCUGGACGCACGCGAGUACUCGGGCGCAACAUCGUACAUGAACGUGCCGCGGCCUCUCUCGCGCGGCACACAGCGCUUUGGCAUUGAGAAAGGCGGUCUUCUCUCGUCGAAAAUGGCGCUGUUGCCGACCCAAGACCGGUCGCCCGUGGGCAACCCGCUCAUGCACCGGUCCGCGUACCUCCAAGUGUCGGGCGAGGCCAAGUACGUCGACGACAUGGACGACGUACACAACGUGCUCCACGGCGCGCUCGUGCUCUCGACGAUCGCCCACGGCGACAUCCAGCGCAUCGAUCCGUCGGUCGCGCUGACCAUGCCAGGCGUCGUCUCGUUCCUGGACGCGUCCGUCUUUGAAAAGCUCACGCAAAAUGCCCUCGGCCCUGUCAUCCACGACGAAGAGUGCUUCGCCUCGAAGAGCGUCGUCUCGAUGGGGCAGCCGAUCGGCAUUGUGCUCGCGACGUCGCACGAAGCCGCGCACGCGGCCGCUGACAAGGUCCUUGUCGAGUACACGCCGCGUCCGUCUAUCGUAUCCAUCAAAGAGGCAGUGGCCGCCAACGCCUUCCACACCAAAGGCCACACGCUCGUCCGAGGCGACGUUUGUGCGGGCCUCGCGCAAAGCGACGUGGUGGUGCACGGCGAGAUGUACAUGGGCGGCCAAGAACACUUUUACUUUGAGACGCAAGCGUGCUACGUCACUCCGAUGGAAGACGGCGCCAUGCACGUCGUGAGCUCGACCCAAGCGACGACCAAGACGCAAAUGUGCGUCGCCGCCUGCCUCGGCGUGCCCGCGCACAAGAUCGUCUCGAGCGUCAAGCGCAUGGGCGGUGGCUUUGGCGGCAAGGAAACGCGCAGCGUCUUUGUGGCGUGCGCGGCGGCGGUCGCGGCCAAGGCGCUCAAGCGCCCGGUGCGCCUGCUACUGGAGCGGCAGGCCGACAUGGCCACGACCGGCGGGCGACACCCGUACUACGCCAAGUACACGGUCGGCGCGACACAGGACGGGCGAUUGCAAGCAUACGAGGUGGAGCUCUUCAACAAUGCGGGCUACUCGCUCGAUCUGAGCGAGGCGGUCAUGGACCGCGCGCUCUUCCACUGCGAGAAUGCGUAUUACGUUCCCAAUAUGACGGCCAAGGGCCUCUGCUGCAAGACAAAUUUGCCGACGAACACGGCGUUUCGAGGCUUUGGCGCACCCCAAGGCAUGAUGAUGGCCGAGACGAUGAUGGACCACGUGGCGUCCGUGCUGCGCAUGGACCCGGUCGAGCUCCGAACGCGCAACUUGUACCAGGAGGGGCAUGUGACACACUACGGCCAGCGCCUCGUCGACUACACGCUGCCGGCGCUCUGGGCCCGCGGGCUGCGCGAGAGUCAAUAUGCCGAGCGCUCGGCGGCCGUCGCGGCCUUCAACCGCGCGCACGUGUGGAAGAAGCGGGGCCUCGCGAUCCUCCCGACCAAGUUCGGCAUCAGCUUCACCAACAAGUUUAUGAACCAAGGCGGGUCGCUCGUGCACGUGUACGCUGACGGCAGCGUGCUCGUCUCGCACGGCGGCACCGAGAUGGGCCAAGGCCUCCACACCAAGAUCAUGCAGAUCGUUGCCAAGUCGUUUGCAAUCCCGAUGGACGCCGUUACGAUCCACGAGACGUCGACCGACAAGGUGGCCAACUCGCAGCCGUCGGCCGCGUCCAUGAGCACCGACCUCUACGGCAUGGCGACGCUGGACGCGUGCGAGCAGAUCCUAGCCCGUCUGGCGCCUGUGCUGGCCAAGCUCGGACCCGACGCAGCCUUUGCCGACGUGAUCAAAGCUGCGUAUUUCGACCGGAUCGACCUCUCAGCCCAUGGCUUUUACAUUGUGCCAAAUGAAAACUGUGGGUACGAUUGGUCCAAGCCCGUGGAGGCGCAGACCAGCACGGCGUUCAACUACUACACAACCGGCGUCGCGUGCACCGAAGUCGAGCUCGACGUGCUCACGGGCGACGUGCACAUGACCCAAGUGGACAUUUACAUGGACGUUGGCGCGUCCAUCAACCCGGCGAUCGACAUUGGCCAGAUCGAAGGCGCGUUUUUGCAGGGCUUUGGGCUCUUUUGCAUGGAAGAGCACGUGUGGGGCGAUGAGAACCGGCCGUGGCUGCCGCGCGGCGGCCUCUUCACGCGCGGCCCGGGCACGUACAAGAUCCCGUCCUUCAACGACGUGCCGCUGCAGAUGAACGUGUGGCUCGAACCGCAGUUGAAGAACAAACUCGCGGUGCACUCGUCGAAAGCCAUUGGCGAGCCGCCGCUCUUCCUCGGCGCCACCGCGUUCUUCGCCAUCAAGGCCGCCAUUGCCGCCGCGCGGGCCGAGCACACGACCGACACCGAGUAUUGGACGCUGCAUGCACCGGUGACGUCGGAGCGCGCGCGCAUGGCCGUCCACGACCGGUUCUGCUCCGACACGCCCAUUCCGCUCGGCUGCUUUUAACGAAAAGACAAUACUAGGGUCAACCUCGGGUUUUCUCAAGACAGGUUUUGGUCGAGCUC